AUGGCUCCCAAACCUAUCAAAUCCAAGUCCUCCUCCCGCCCUCAUAGUAUCUCCCGCACGCCCUCCCCCGCCGCCCUGUUGGUCUCUGUCUCCUCCACACCACUCUCAGACCCGGAGCCAGACCGCAAAGUCUACAUUCCUCUCUGCUUCUACUACGUAUGCCGAGGUACACCACACCACACCACACCACACCCCCUCCUAAACCAGCCAGCGCGAAAACAUCCAACUAUCCCCAACUCCAACCCGGUACCCAGUCUCAAUCCAAAUGAGUAUCGUAUCGUAUCGUAUCGUAUCGUAUCACCUGCAUCCUGCGCUUCUGAACGCCAUGCUUCUUACCCCCGGGAUCUUCCACCUGCUUUACAUCCCUGUACCGCCGCAUCGGUCGCACAACAGGCAGGAACACGCCAGAGUAACACAAGGAACCCGUUCCUCGCCCCUUCCCAGAAGCAACUCGGCCUCAAUGGUUCCGACUACGGUAUUGUACAGUGUACGAUACAAUGA